UGUAAGGAGGAGAGGGGAAAGGGACUGCCGGGAGCCUCCCUCCCCCUUCCUCUCCUAUUCCUUCCAUUCCGUCCUGGACUUCACAUUGUGGCGGAUCACACACACGGAAUAAAGGAUGAUCCUCCUUCUCUCCAUCGCUUCCCUUCUCUCCACAGAUUCUCUAAUGAUUCCUUCGAACCUGGACAGUGGUAUUUGUCCCCUGGGUCAGUUCCCGUGCGGCAAUCUCUCGGUGUGUUUGCCGCAACUUCUGCACUGCAACGGACGCAAGGAUUGCACCAAUGGCGCCGACGAGGAUAAUUGUGUGGAUAACAGUGGUUGGCCAAAACUCUUUGAUACCAUUCAGAGUUCGCGGAGUAAUCAGGCCAUGCAGGAGGACGAGGCACAUGACUCUGAAUGCGCUCUAGAUGUUUACCCAGAACAAUGCGAGUGCCGGAAGCGUUUAGUAAACUGCUCAAGUCAAGGACUUCAUUAUGUUCCAGCCAUCUCUUCUAACGUAACAGCUUUUGAUCUGAAGGAUAACCGGAUCAAAUCUCUGCCUGAUGGCGUCUUUCAUCGGUAUCAUGAUUUGGGAAAGCUCUUUCUACAAAAUAAUGAACUGCAAUCCAUCUCCCGGCAGGCAUUUUCAGGACUCUUCAGGCUAAAAAGGCUUUUCCUGAGUAACAAUCGGAUCGAGGUCUUGAGGGCCGAAGUCUUUAAGGAUCUCCACUCCUUGGAAUGGCUGAUUAUAGAUAAUAACCGAGUGAACCAGAUUCAUCCCGGGACAUUCAAAGGCCUGAAUUCUUUAUAUUUCCUAUACAUGUUAAACAAUUCCAUAAGUGCCAUUCCAAGCAACUCUUUAUGUUCGGAAAUGCCCCGUCUCAACUGGCUGGAUCUGGAGGGGAAUGAGAUAGAGACAAUCCACGACUCUGUGUUUCAGGAGUGUAUAACUGUUUUAGUCUUACGCCGAAACAAGAUACAGGAAAUCAAGAACAAAGCAUUGACUCAAAUGCCCAAGCUGGUGGACCUCGACCUUUCUGUUAACCAGAUGGAGACUCUUCCCCCGUCACUGUUUGCCAACUUGCAAGAACUUCAACAGCUGAAUAUAUCCUUCAAUCCUUUAACUUCUAUUCCACAUAACCAGUUUGAUAUGUUGCCCAGCCUGCAAUCUUUGAGCAUGGAGGGCAUAGAGAUCACCAACAUCAGUUACCGCAUGUUCUCUAAAAUGGCCAAUCUGUCGCACAUAUACUUCAAGAAGUACCAGUAUUGUAGUCACUCCCCGCACGUUCGCAGUUGUAAGCCGAACAGUGAUGGAAUCUCUUCAUUUGAAAACCUACUGGCCAACAUCUUGCUGCGAGUCUUUGUCUGGGUCAUGGCCUGCGUUACCUGCUUCGGGAACCUGUUUGUGAUCUGCAUGAGAUCGUUCAUAGUCACUGAGAACUGCCAGCAUGCCAUGUCCAUCAAGUCUCUCUGCUGUGCCGACUGUCUGAUGGGGUUCUAUCUGUUCUGCCUCGGCGCCUUCGACAUGAAGUAUAAGGGAGAGUACAACAAGCACGCCCAGGCCUGGAUGGAGGGCUGGGGGUGUAAGAUGGUCGGCUCGCUGGCCAUGCUGUCCACGGAGGUCUCCGUCCUGAUGCUCACUUACAUGACUUUGGAAAAAUACUUCUGCAUCGUCUUCCCGUUCAGCCACUUCCGCGCCGGGCGCUGGCAGACCUUGGGGACUCUCUUGGCCAUCUGGGGACUCGGCUUCUUUAUCACCGCCAUCCCUUUCUUCAGCUACGACACGUUUGGUAACUUCUAUGGACGGAACGGCGUGUGCUUCCCGCUGCAGUCAGACGACUCGGAGAGGUCUGGAGCUCGAGGGUACUCCGUCGCCAUCUUCCUAGGACUGAAUUUGCUGGCCUUCGUCACAAUCGUCUUCUCUUACAGCAGCAUGUUCUACUCUAUCCAUAAGACCGGCGCCAAAACGGCAGAGCGCAGCGUCCUAUCCCGAGAGGUCACCAUAGCCAAGAGGUUCUUCUUCAUCGUGUUCACCGACGCCCUCUGCUGGAUCCCCAUCUUUCUUCUGAAGGCCGUUUCACUCACCAAGGCAGAGAUUCCAGGCACCAUCACCUCCUGGGUUGUAAUCUUCAUCCUACCAAUUAACAGCGCUUUGAAUCCAAUUCUUUAUACACUAACAACGUCAUCCUUUCAAGAAAAGCUUAAACAGUGUUUGCAAAGCAAAAGACACCAGUUCCAAGAGUCUGGCAAAAGCAGCUUUACGUUGGUAUCCAUCCACACCAACACAGCUUGAUCCCGGAGCAUCCCCCCAACAGCUCAGACCACUUUGUUUGGGAAUGGUUGUAAAUCUGCAGUACGGAUGUGGUUAAUGAUUGUGCCUUUUCCGAAACAUGUCAAUGAUCAUCAGUCCAGAGGAAGCCCAGGUCCACACUGCCGAUCAAUUCAAGAGUGCCAAUGUUUUUGAUAUGAUGACUGUGGCUUUCAAGUCCUAAGACGAAGGGAGUAAUGACAAGUGCUGCUUGAUGGCACCUAGCCCUUCCAUUCGUGGCCAAUCUUUGCAACCUGAACCUUGAAGAAACCUACGACUAAGGAACCCAUGUGCAAAUAUCAGCAAUCCACUACGGUAGGAACUCUACAAACUGGAGGGUUGUGUGACGUUCCUCUAACUGGAGGACUAGAGAGAAGCUGAAAAUUCCCACCACGGGAUCACGCAGUUUACAAACAAAAACAAUAAUUCAGGAAUGGACCCAGCCUUGGGAGGUGGAAGGCAUCUGUUGACAUUAUUGGACGACGGGACAGAGGUGCAGAAACCAGGGCUCCGGAGCACAUAGACCAAAUAGAUGUCAAGGGUUGGAUAUAUUGGUUGUGUAUGUAGCAUUGCCGUAAAACAGGGAACCGGAGUGCAAUGUAUAGAAAAUAGACCUGCGUGUACAUAUAUUUAUAAAUUCCUUAUGACAAAA